AUGCCUGAUGGUACAAAUGACCGAAAAUUUCGUUGCCUUUAUGGUACGGCACACGCCUCUCUAGUUACCAAGUUUAUUGUGGCCUACAUUGUGAUAUGGGGCAUCCUCUUGAUGCAAUUACCGCUUCCACCGUAUACGAUAUUCAUCUCUUUAAUCGGGUUCGCUGUCUGUAUGUGCACUGUGAUCGGGAUCAUCACCAGAAAUCCAAGCCUGUUGAUGCCUUUGUAUUUUUAUAUUGUCGCUUCUAUAUUUUUCUUGUUCUUUCUUGGCGGUUACUAUUUUUAUGUGAAUAUUUUUCAUAAGGACAAAGUUGAAGCAGCCUUUGGCGAGAAAUUCGAUAAAUACUCGUGGAUUGCUCACUUACUGGAUGUGUUACUUUUACUCAUUCAUUACUGGGAACUUGGUGUGAUUUCGAAAUGUCGACGAUAUUUUCAGUACAUACGUCUGGAGGACAAACAACCUCUCGAACUUCAUGUACGAAGCGAAACGAAGGAAGAAUUUGCCUGA